AUGGGCGCCGUCCCCAUCCAAGACCGAACACCUGAGUUUCGGUCGAUCCUCAGCCAGGCUCAGAAACGACUGGCUUCCUCGAAGGCCGAUGCACACAGGCAGGCUCUUCUUACCCAAAAUGGCGCAUCGCAAAACGCAGCCCCGCGGAAAUCGGAAUUUGCCCGGCGUGCCGCAGAGAUUGGAAGAGGAAUCACCGCCACGACUGCGAAGCUUCAAAGACUGGCGCAGUUGGCAAAGCGGAAAUCUCUUUUUGACGAUCGGCCCGUGGAGAUUUCUGAGUUGACCUUCGUUGUCAAACAAGACCUUGCAUCCUUGAACUCUCAGAUCGCAGCGCUCCAAUCCCUCACCCUCUCGCAGCACCCCAAGGCAUCCCGAAGCGCUGCGGACCAAGAGGGGCAGCACAAUGAUAAUGUGGUUGUUUUGCUUCAAGGAAAGCUUGCCGAUGUUGGUGCCAAUUUCAAGGAGGUCCUUGAGGUUCGUACCAAAAAUAUCCAGGCUUCCAGAUCACGAACAGAAAAUUUCAUUUCUUCCGUAUCCUCAAAAUCCCAAACUGCCUUUGCUCCGCAUCGCUCAGAUUCCCCCUUGUACAACCUCCCUCGAGCAAGUAGCCCGCAACCAGGGUCAUCAGACCUGCUAAGCCUAGAGCCCUCACGGUCCAUGCACUCGGACCAACAAUUACUCUUGAUGGAAGAGGCCCAACCCUCAAACACCUAUAUUCAGGCUCGGGGAGAAGCAAUCGAGGGCAUCGAACGUACGAUAAACGAACUUGGCGGCAUUUUUGGCCAACUUGCAACCAUGGUUAGCGAGCAGUCGGAAAUGAUUCAGCGAAUCGAUGCCAACACGGAGGAUGUUGUUGAUAACGUCCAAGGUGCCCACCGCGAAUUAUUAAAAUACUGGUCUAGGGUCUCGGGCAAUCGAUGGCUGAUAGCGAAGAUGUUCGGGGUACUAAUGAUAUUUUUUCUCUUAUGGGUAUUAAUCUCGGGCUAG